ACGCCAUACCACCCGAACACCACCUCUCCCCCUCCCCUUCACUCUCCCCGCCAAACCUCCACCACAGCAACCAUGCUCCCCCAACGAGUCAGCCGGCUCCUCCCCGCCCUCCGCCACUCCCCCCGCCGCCUCUACAGCACCACAACCGACAACCCCGUCCCCGCCAACAACCCCAAACCCGCGGUGUCGGAGAACGCAUUCGCCGUCUCCAAAACCAACGCCACCCCUUCCUCUUCCACGGGCGCGCAUGGCCGGGCUCUCGUCGAGAAUCCCGAGGAGGGGGAGGAGAUGAGGCAGAUGCAGGCGCCGAAUCGCGAAGGGACUUGGAGCCGGAGUCAGCAGCCGCGGGCGAAGGCUAUGGUUGGCCCGAGGUUUGAGUCGAUGAUUAUGAGGGAUCAGCCCCAACCGUUGUCUGCUAUGGAGCUCAUCCACCAGCAACCCGUGCGCUGGACUAAGGAGCGCCGCGUCUCGUGCGAUGGCGGCGGCGGCCCAUUGGGUCACCCGCGCAUUUUCAUCAAUGUCGACAAGCCGCAGAUUUGCUGGUGCACGUACUGCGGCGUGCCAUUUGCGCACGAACACCACCGCAAACACCUCGAGAGCUUGCCAUCGACGAGCUACCCCCUCGAACCGACGAAUCAGCCCGCCCAGCUUCCGCGCUACGAUCCCGGCAACGCGAAGACCGGGUCAACGGAAGCCUACCAGACGCCUACAGGAACUCCGUACGAGCAGAGAUAGAGCAAGUAAAGAGAGUGCAGCGCAAAGAAAUUCCAUAUUGUACAUAUGCCCAUCGCAUCAUGCCCAUCGCAUCAUGCCCAUCGCAUCAUGCCCAUCGCAUCAU